AUGGUGCCGUUUGUAAUUGAUAACGGUUCGUAUGAGAUCAAAUUUGGUCAUGCCAACUUGGUGACGCCAUUUCGGGCGAACAACGGGAUCGCAAAGGACAAGUAUGGGGCUUCCUACCUAUCGAAUCAUAUGAAAACAAUACGUGAUAUUUCUUCUGCUACGAUACGGAGACCGCAUGAAUUGGGGCAACUGGUCUCCUGGGAAUUGGAGGGUUGCAUAUGGGAUUACUGUCUGUACAACCCCGAUGAGUUCGAUGGCUUUCAUUUGGGUGAUAAUACGAGAGAGCAAGACUUGAUUCUUACGGAGACGUGCUUCACGUUACCUGAACUGAGCAAAAACAGUGAUCAGGUGGUAUUUGAGGAGUACGAGUUUGCAACCAUGUUCAAGUCACCGGCGAGCGGGUUUAUGCCCUUUGCAAACUUGAUUGGAAACAAAAAUAUGGAGCAUCUUUGUGGGAAGGAUACAGCAGUGAAUACCGACUAUACAACAGCCACUACGAAAGAGUAUCGAGAUUUCCAGUUGGUAAUUGACUCUGGGUUUAACUGUACUUGGGUGGUCCCGAUUAUAAAGGGUGUCCCCUUCUAUAAGGCCAUCAAGAAAAUGGACAUAGGUGGCAGGUUUCUCAACGGUCUUCUAAAGGAGACGCUUUCUUUCCGCCAUUACAACAUGAUGGACGAAACGAUCCUACUAAAUAAUAUCAAGGAGAAAUGCCUAUUUGUUAGUCCCGUAUCUUAUUUUGAUAGCUUCAAGACAAAGCAGCAACAAGCGGUCGAGUACGUCCUGCCAGACUUUCAAACAAGUUUUCUAGGGUACUUGGUCGACGAGAGCAACAGAAAGGGUAUUGACAGAGGCAGCGUACAGACGAUCACGCUGACCGACGAACGGUUUGCUGUCCCCGAAACAUUUUUCCAUCCGGAGAUGGCCAAUAUCUUGAAACCAGGACUUGUAGAAACAAUUCUCGAGGCGAUUUCUAUGGUCCCAGAACCACUAAGACCCAUCCUAGUGAGCAACAUAGUCUGCGUCGGCGGGAACUUCAAGCUCCCGCACAUGUCAUCCCGCCUGACAAGUGAACUUCAGAGACAGUUGCCAACGGACUGGACGUGUCGUGUCACCGUCCCCUCCAGCAGCGACUGUGAAUUGGCCGCAUGGAACGCCAUGGCCCAGUUUUCCAGCACGGACGUGUACAAAACGACAAGAGUCACGAGGGAAGAAUACCUGGAGCACGGAACCGACUGGUGUUCGAAGCACCGCUUCACAUACCAGAACUGGAUCUGA